GAAAUGCACAGCUGUCAAUUUGGAAUCCGCAGUCAGUGGUGUUAGUCUGCUGUGUGCAGUGAGACAUUCAUUCCAACAGCAGGAUCUUUAUAUCACAGAGACUUUGCAUGAGUUAUUUGUUAUUUCCCGUCAUCCCUUUGUUUUUGUCUAUUUCUUUAUACAAUUUCCACCAACACGACCCUUCUGCUGGGCAAAAAUGCAAACAAUUUGGAUGCAAGGCACGAAGGGCAUUUAUUGGCCCAUCCAGCACAUUCCAAUUCAUGUUAACUCAGGAACUAACCCCUCUCAACUGAAUGCAUUACUCCCAAGAAAAUGUGCAUAACCUUAGAAUCUUGAUCUGGUGUUCCCACUGACUUACACGUCCCAGGAAGGCAUUUUCUACACUCUUGAGCUGUGCUGAGGCCUUUUCCUGCUUGCAUCUCCAUCAUCUAUUAAUCCAGUGGUCUUCCCACAAGAAAACGUCUCUGCCUCCGCACAAUGACCAACCGAACCCAGUCUUUCUGCUCACAGCUGCCUGGUUGAGAGAUGGUGAGAGCUGGAACCUUCCAGACACCUGGCCAGUGACCUUUGUGUGCAUGUCAAACAGUGCUGAGUUGUUUUUCUUUUUUAUCAUGCUCGAUUUAUCGCUAGUCUAGUUCACCACCUACAUGUGCAGGCACACCACUAGGCAAAGCUUCUGCUAUGGAACUCGUCCGAUUGCUGGGCGUUUUGCUGGUACUACUGUUACCUUACGUGUCUUCCUACCGUGAUCGGAUCAUUGGAGGCCGUGAAUGUUGCGAGGAUGAGCAUCCCUGGCUUGCGCUGCUGUACAGUUUAACAGUGCCCUAUUGCGCUGGAGUAUUGAUCGACUUAAAUUGGGUGGUCACGGCAGCUCACUGCUGUAAAAACAGCAGUGAUAUUGUGGUCCGGCUUGGAGAGCACGACUUGGAAGUAUCAUCCGGCCAUGAGCAGAUGAGGAUCAGCAAGAACACUUUUUUAUUCAACCCCAAAGGAGACUGUGAGUCUGAAUGCAAAGAAGACAUCAUGUUGAUCCAACUGAACGAGCCCGCUGUCCGUACAGAUUGGGUUGCCCCCGUCAACUGGGCCACAAUCUGUCCCGAUGUGGAAACCAUAUGCACUGUGAUGGGUUGGGGCGCAAUCACAAGUCCUGAUGAAACGUUUCCCACUGUUCCUCACUGUGUUAACAUUACGAUCUUCGAAACGAAAUUGUGUCAGGAUGAAUUUCCAUGCAUCGUGCCAGAGAAUAUCCUUUGUGCCGGAGAUCUUGAAGGAGGCAGAGACUCAUGUCGGGGCGACUCCGGUGGACCCCUUAUCUGUGACAAUACGCUUCAUGGCAUUGUGUCUUUGGGGGGCAACCCUUGCGGCCAGCCAAACAUGCCAGCCGUCUACACCAAAAUCUGCAAAUAUGCCGACUGGAUCCAACAACACCUCAGUCAAUCUAGAUCUUAAGCAUGGAAUCUAGAUCUUAAGCAUGGAAUGCUGGCAGGCUUCUUGAAGCACUUUUCGGAAAAGGCUUUCCUCUUUUCAGUGACCCUUUCUUGUAAGCAGAUUCUAUGCACGGUUACUCAUUAGUCUCAUUAAACUGAACGGGACUUACUCCCAGGUGUAAAAGCACCCCAUUGUCCUGUCCCGCCCCAAUUGUCUUUGGAUACAUAUUUUCCGCCAUGGGUAUUAGAAAUUUUGAACAAUUAUACUUGGAUGUGAA